AUUGCGACUUGGAUCGCGCGCCCGUUGGGAAGCGGAGUCGUGAGUCGAGCGAAAGGCCAAGCACCAAGCAAGCCAGAGGACUCGCACUCGUUGCACUCAAACUCUUGACUCAGUCAUAGUCGCAGUGACUUGAUCACGCGCGACUCGUUACCCAAGUCGGCUCCAUCUCCCACUCACACUCUGAUCCCAUUCUGGCGGCACAACAAAGCUCAAGAGACAGCGGGGCGAUGUUCAAUGUAGCCAGGUUCGAUGCUGCUGGCGCAGGGGCGGGGCAGAAUGGAGGGAUGGGCAGCGCCUCUGCCUCUGCCUCUGUCUCUGCAUCUGCCUCUGCCUCUCGACCUGCCAUGCCGGAUCCUCGUCAAUCCAAGUUGGCUCAGCUCAACGCUCGCUUAGCUCAACGCAAGGCGCUAGCGGGCAUCUCCGAAGUGUCUGGCGAUGGACAGAAUGCCAGUCUAGUCGCUCCGACUGCUUCCGCUGCCGCUGCCGCUGCAACCGCAACCGCAACCGCAACCGCAACCGCAACCGCACCCGCACUUGAAGUUGCGCCGCCGCCGCCCCGCGCAGCACCCAACAUUCAUCCUUCACGCUUGGCUCUCUCCUCUACGCUCAGGGCUACGGAUCGCAAACAGCGCUCGUCGCUUAGCGGCGCGGCGAAGGAAAAGACCAGAGCAAAGGAGCGAUACUUGCGCGCCAAAAAGGAGCGAAGGAAGCAGAGAAGAGGCGCGGGCGCGGGCACGGGCACAGGAGCGAACAGUGGUGCGGUGGCGGACAAGCGCAUUGGCAAGCGCAGCGCGGAGAUGGACUUGGAGACGCACAUUGCGCAGACGGUGUCCGAGGAGACGGAAGAGGCAAAGAUCAGAAGACUACGCAAAGAGGAAAAGAGGCGAAUCAGGCAGAACAGACCUGCAAAGCGCGCAAAGAAGGAACAAGGCGGUGCUGCCGCUCGGCCGUCGAAUCAGGUCCGUGUCAGCUCAUUGGAAGCCUCUACUGUACCUGUCCAUGCCCAUGCCCAUGCCCAUGCCCACGCUCCUGCGCUCGCGGCUUCGCAGAGCAAGGUGCUGGAACAAAACCCAAAAGUGGGCGCGCUAGAAGGCCUUGCGAGCACGGCCACUGUCGCUUCCAAGCAUUCCUCCUCCUCCUCCUCCUCCUCCUCCUCCUCCUCCUC